AUGAAUGCCGGACCUGCAUACACGAGGACUCUUAAUGAGUCCCAAAUAUUGGAACAGCUUCCGAAUGAGAUUGCGGAACUCAUUCGUACAGCUUCUGGGACUCAAUACCUGAAUGCGCUGGCGGUUGGCGCAUUGAGGUCAACAUGCAUAGAACGAUUUUUUUGCAUAUACGAACCUAUUUUUGUUGACUUAGCAGCAAGAUGGCUUGAUUCCGACCUUCAUGCCGACCAGGUCGAAGUCAUCUCAGCCUUUGGACGAAUCCUACCGUUUGCGCCAUAUUUGCGAUCAUUUGCCAGCCAGUAUGCCGUUUCUCGGGCUGGUCCUCUUUCGGCUUUGGCUACGUCGGACGCCCCAGCGCCCUCGCAAUUGGAAGACAGCACCCUUCGCACGCUGCUCCUCGCUAUCUUCAGACUUAUGUCCUUUGACCUGGAACUAUUCUCGAAGGCCGUCUCACCGUCACGGCUGCAGUCUCUCUUCCGACACCGCGAUCGAUCCGUUAGAUACUUGGCAGUACGAUGCUUUGCUUUAUAUAUGCGCGCUGCCGAUGCUGCAACGGAGCGGAUAGUAUGGACAAAUAUCCCCGAAGAUACUGUGGAGGGGGAAUGGGAGGGCAUCGUGAUUGAUUACCGAUGCCUCGGUCUUUGGGAGGAACAACGCUGGAACACACUAGAGAAGCAGAUCCAGCUUGCGAGGUCAACACGGUCGAUUCCGGAAUCUUUAUCGCAAGUAGAACAAUUGCGAGACUAUCUCACCCCGCGAACGGCCGAAGUCUGCGGUGUUUUGAUUCCGCGAUUAACUGAAACGCCAUCGUCGCCCUCCUCGAUUGUCAAAACACCUACCGCUAUCGGAAACCUCCGCAAGAUCGCGACGGCACUGACCGAGUCGAAGCCCAUGUUGCUUAUCGGGUUACCGAAUUCGGGAAAGACUACAUUGUCCGAAUCAAUGGUCACAUUACACUUGAACGAACAGACAGACGCUAAGAGUCUUCUUGGAAUGUAUUCCACGUCUCCUGCCACGGGCUCGUUUGCUUGGCAGCCUGGUGUCUUGACGAAGGCCGCAAGAGAAGGUCGCUGGAUUUUGAUUGAAGACUUGAACCGCGCUCCUUCCGAAGUGAUAGGCCUUAUUCUCCCCAUCAUUGAAAAGGGAGAGUUGACUAUUGCCAGCAGAAAAGAGCGGAUCAAAUGUGCAGAAGGUUUCAAAAUUAUUGCGACAAUGAAAUCUUCCUACAACAUCGCCGGAGAAGAGGUUGCACCCAGCACCAACAUCUUGGGGAGCAGGCUAUGGGAGCGCGUACAGGUGGAUUCUUUCUCAAUUGAGGAGGUCCAGAAGGUGAUCACAGAAAAGUUCCCUCUACUGGAAUCGCGGGUCCCGACGAUCAUGAAUGUAUACCAAAAGCUCUGCUCCUCGUUUCAUGGAAGCCUUGCGAUUAAGAGCUCUCAAGGCCGGACACCCGGCCUGCGCGACCUGAUAAAGCUUUGCAGUCGAAUGCACAGGCGAUUAAAAAAUCUCGGCGCCAAAACUGGUUACGAAGCAACGCCGGAGGGAGCUGAAGAUGAGAUGUUUCUAGAUAUUGUGGAUAUAUUCCUUACAUAUAUUCCCGAAAAGUCUCUGGCAGAUUCUCUUGCCUUGGUCGUCGCGGAAGCUCUCCAAAUAUCGCCGCAGCGCGCGCGCUUUUGCUUGCAUGAGCGAACGCCCCCAUACUCCGACCAAGGAAACAGCAUCAUCCUUGGGAGAGAAACCUGCCAGAAGAUCAAAGUCCCCAGUGGCUCCAUCUCGAAAACUUCCUCGUCUCGCUUCGCUUCCACAAGAUCCGCCUUGAAGCUCAUGGAGCAAGUCGCUGCCGCCGUUCAAAUGGCAGAGCCUACCCUUCUUGUUGGAGAAACGGGCAUUGGCAAAACCACAGUGAUCCAGCGACUUGCUACGCUUAUGCGCCAGAAACUAACGGUAGUGAACUUGUCGCAACAGAGUGAAAGCACCGACUUGCUAGGUGGCUUUAAACCCGUCAAUAUUCGCACUAUGGCUGUACCCAUGCUCGACGAGUUCAACGCGCUGUUCGAGCUGACGUUUUCGGCCAAGAAAAACCAGAAGUUCUUGUCGUCCGUUGCGAAGAGCGUUGCAGCAGGCAAUUGGACUCGUCUGCUAACCCUUUGGCAUGAGGCAGUACGGUUGGCUGAAGGUGUUUUCAAAUCUGGCGCACAAGAAAAGGCGGGUGAAGACGGACAGCCUUCUAAGAAGAGAAAGCUCGACUCGCCCAAGUACCAAUAUCUGCGGCAGAGAUGGGAUCGGUUUUCGGCGCAGUUAGAGGACUUCGAGAUGCAAGUGUCCCAGGGCGACGCCAAGUUCGCAUUCGCCUUUGUACAGGGAAAGAUCGUCCGCGCGUUGAGGAAUGGCGAAUGGGUGCUCCUUGAUGAAAUCAAUUUGGCCUCGCCAGACACGCUUGAGAACAUUGCCAGUCUUUUGCACCAUGGCACCGAGGGUUCGCCUUCUGUAUUGCUUUCCGAAGCCGGAGACGUGGAACGCGUAUUUGGACACCCGGACUUCCGCAUAUUCGGUGCCAUGAACCCUGCUACCGAUGCAGGAAAGAAAGACCUUCCUCCAGGCCUCAGGUCUCGAUUCACCGAAUGCUAUGUACAACCCCCGGACAGUGAUCUCGACGACCUCCUAUCCCUGAUCCAGAAAUAUCUGGGCGACUUGAGCCUUGGGGAUUCGAGAAUCGUCUCGGACCUUGCGCAGCUGUAUAUGGAAACAAAGGCGCUUAGCAACCAUAACAAACUCACCGACGGGGCUGGACAACGUCCACAUUUCAGCAUCAGAACUCUCGUCCGUGCUCUAGUCUAUCAUAUUUUCAACAACUCAAAGAAUGCGCGGGCAAUUCUCGGGCAGACACCGAGACCUCCCGAUGAUGGGCAUGAAUAUGUGCAGUUCAAGCACUAUUGGAUGCGACAAGGACCGUUCCCUCCCAAGGAGGAACCACAUUACAUCAUAACCCCAUUCAUUGAGAAAAACCUCAAGAAUUUGGUGCGAGCAAGUUCAACGCGACGAUUUCCGGUUCUUCUGCAGGGUCCAACCUCCGCCGGUAAGACAAGCAUGAUUGAGUAUCUUGCUAAGGUGUCGGGGAACAAGUUUGUCCGUAUCAACAACCAUGAGCACACUGAUCUUCAAGAGUACUUGGGUUCUUAUGUGUCUGGCGACGAUGGGACUUUGCGCUACCAGGAAGGUAUUCUGGUAGAAGCCCUUCGAAAUGGCUACUGGAUUGUCCUUGACGAACUUAACCUGGCACCUUCCGACGUCCUAGAAGCACUGAACCGCCUUCUUGAUGACAAUCGUGAAUUAUUCAUACCAGAGACCCAAGAAGUGGUUCACCCCCAUUCCAACUUCAUGCUUUUUGCGACCCAAAAUCCAGCUGGUCUGUAUGGUGGUCGAAAAGUCUUGUCCCGUGCUUUCCGAAACCGUUUCCUUGAGCUACACUUUGAUGAUAUCCCGGAGAGUGAAUUAGAGUUCAUCUUGAAGGAACGAUCUCAAAUUGCGCCCUCUUUCUGUGCCAGAAUUGUGUCUGUUUAUCGAAAGCUCUCGCUCCUGCGCCAAGCGAACAGACUCUUUGAACAGAAGAACAGCUUUGCUACCCUGCGUGACCUCUUUCGAUGGGCGCUUCGCGAAGCAGAUGAUCGCGAACAAUUGGCAGUUAACGGCUUCAUGCUACUAGCAGAGCGAGUUCGAAACCCACAGGAGAGGGCGGCGGUGAAAGGGGUAAUUGAAGAAGUUAUGAGGGUUCGCAUCGAUGAAGAUGUCAUUUACAGCACCUCUGAACUAGAAAAGCGCGCACCCCUUCUCACGAGUCUGGCCCCUGGAGUUGUUUGGACAAAGGCAAUGAGGAGGCUUUUCAUCUUGGUAUCAGCCGCUAUCGAGAACAACGAGCCUGUCCUCCUUGUUGGAGAAACUGGUUGCGGCAAGACUCAACUUUGUCAAGCUGUCGCAGAGGCCUAUAAGAAGCACCUGUUGAUCGUCAAUGCCCACGUUAACUUGGAGACGGGCGAUCUCAUCGGAGCUCAACGGCCCAUUAGAAACAGGGCAGCCAUUGAAAGUCAGUUGCUCACCGAUGUCCAAGCAGUGCUCGAGGAGGAUGUUGCGUCGAAGUCUCCCGAAGAGCUCAAACAAGCAUUGGCUGCCAUAGGCGCGGAAAAGUUGCAAGGUAUUGAGCCUGGCCUCAUCCAGAGAAUCGAGGCCAACUUUGCCCGCCUUAAUGCUCUCUUUGAAUGGUCCGAUGGUAGUCUGAUAACUGCCAUGAAGACCGGGCAGUUUUUCCUUCUGGACGAGAUCUCUCUUGCAGACGACUCUGUUCUUGAAAGACUCAACAGUGUUCUCGAGCCUCACAGAUCGAUCCUUCUCGCAGAAAAGGGUCCCAUCGAUUCUAUGGUGGUUGCCGAUAGAGGGUUCCAAUUUCUAUCCACCAUGAACCCUGGAGGAGAUUAUGGCAAACGCGAACUUUCAGCUGCUCUUCGGAAUCGAAUGACUGAAAUUUGGGCCCCCCAACUCUCUGAAGAUGAUGACAUUUUGCCGAUUCUUCAAAUCAAAAUCCAGUUGUCAUCGGAACAGAUCCCCAAGUCGAUGCUACAGUUUGCUAAGUGGUUCAAGUGGACGUUCCAGAACUCGACCACUACGUCGCUGUCCAUUCGUGAUCUUCUUGCUUGGGUUGACUUCGUGAACAAGUGUCAAAGUGCGGAUCCUCUUUUCUCGGUCGUACAAGGUGCCGCUAUGGUGUUCAUAGACACUCUGGGUGCCAAUCCGGCUGCGAUGCUUGCCACCGCCCUUGACAACCUUGAAGGUAAUCGAAGACGCUGUUUAGACAAGCUGCGCGAGCUCUUCGAUGUCGACGCUGCAAGCAUUUAUCUCCAGAAGACAAAUAUCGACACCCAAGAUGGCUCUCUACGUGUGGGCCCCUUCAGCCUUGCUAUCAAUGGUGGCGCAAAGCCAGACCCUGAAUUUAUCAUGGAUGCGCCUACCACUCUACCUAAGCCGAUCCUCAUGGAAGGUAGCCCCGGUGUUGGGAAAACUACCUUGCCACUAACCCGUAUUAACCUUUCAGAACAGACUGAUCUUACAGAUUUAUUUGGUUCAGAUGUCCCUGUAGAAGGUGGCGACGUGGGCCAGUUUACCUGGCGGGAUGCUCCAUUCCUGCAAGCUAUGCAGCGGGGUGACUGGUCGGUCCUUGAGGGCUUGAACGCUUGUUUGGAUCACCGUCAAACGGUUUACGUUGCCGAACUUGACCAGACCUUCCAUAGACACCCUAACUUCGUUCUCUUUGCCGCGCAGAACCCGCAUCAUCAAGGUGGUGGCAGAAAAGGACUUCCUGCGUCAUUUGUCAACCGGUUCACUGUUGUGUAUGCUGACGCGUUUACUGACACUGACUUGAAGAGAAUAUGCGCAAAACUUUUCCCUGGUAGCCCGACGCUGCAGACUGACCGACUAGUCAAGUUUGUUUCUCUGCUGAACACAGCCAUCACAAAGGAACGCCGAUUAGGUGUUGUUGGUGGCCCUUGGGAGGUCAACUUGCGAGACAUUCAAAGAUGGCUUCAGCUUGCCGACCGUGGAGACUUGCAGAUAUCCACGAAUAACUUCCUCGAUGUCAUCAUCUCUCAGCGUUUCAGGACUGCGGAAGAUCGAGAACUGGUCUCGCAGCUGUACAACCAAAUUUUCAACGAUACCCCGAACCUCGCCAAGAGCUACUAUCACAAUCUCACUCCAGAGUACAUGCAGGUUGGCUUAGGGGUAAUGCAGAGAGAUACCCUCAUCCAGCAAAUCCCAGAACCCCAGAUGAGGAUACUUCCGGCGGAUCUCCCCACUCUUGAGUCGUUGAUGCUGUGCAUAGAGCAAGCAUGGCCGAGCAUUCUUGUUGGGCCGUCUGGUUGUGGAAAGACAACCCUCAUCAGAAAGCUUGCUGCUGUCAAUGGUGCUCACCUAGUCGAACUUGCUCUAAGCGCCGACACUGAUACCAUGGAUCUUAUCGGUGGCUUUGAACAGAUUGACUACCGAAGAGAGGUGUCGAGCCUUGUUCGAGAGAUCUCUUUGUUCCUUAGUCGAUAUAUCCUCUCGUUCUACUCACCAGACAAACCCUUGGACGAAAUCACCGGCUUCCUUGAGCUCCACGAAGGUCUACAGGACCCGGAUGUAUCACUGGACACAGUGUGUUCAAUGCUUACAUCUCUGUGCCAGUCUUUUGCCGGGAAAGAGCUUGAAGAUCUCCUUAGACGCGCACAGGCAUUAUCAGAAGUGUCGAAACAAUCCCAUGCGAUGCGGGUUGGCUUUGAGUGGACCGAAGGUGUUUUGACUCAAGCUGUCCAGCAUGGCCAUUGGGUUGUCCUUGAUAAUGCCAAUUUGUGCAAUCCGUCUGUUCUCGAUAGAUUGAACUCCUUGGCUGAACCAAACGGUGAUCUUAUACUCAAUGAACAGCGCACUGAGGAUGGAUCAGCUCGAAUCAUUACUCCCCACCCGAAUUUCAGGCUGUUUCUCACUGUGGAUCCUCGCCAUGGGGAGCUGUCCCGUGCGAUGCGGAACCGAUGCGUUGAGAUUUGCUUCUUGCCUCAAGAAAAUGAUCCCGCGACUAGCGCAGUCAUGCCUUCCUACACUUGCCAAUCAUUCCUAUACCGUCUCCGGACAGUGUGGAGUCUCAAUUCGUCCAUGGCCGCCGAAGACCGCUCAAGACUUCUUCAUGAAGUGUGCUUUGACCAUCUCUCCGUUACAGACCUGGCAUAUCUUCAGCGAUCGACCCAGUUUUUCGUGCAAUACUUCCCUGAAAUGACUGAAGAGUCGUUAUUGUCACUUCUGCAUCGAUUCAUAUCCGUUGUGCAGGACAAUACGUCAUGGAAGCCUCUUGAGAGCACCAAGGCUGAAAUUCAAUUAAGUGGCGCUUCUUUCGCCCUCCAGGGACCAUCACAGCCAAUCCAUCCUCUAGUGAAUGAACCCCUGGUUGCCGUCAUGUGCAAUCAUGUACCCGUGACCUCGAUAAUCUCUUUGGCGCAGUUGCAGGAAGUUAAACUUGACUUGCAUCGCCUAAGACAGGGCUUGCUCCAAGCAGACGAGUCAGGGAAGCUUUUGAAGCCGAGCCAAAUGAGCCGUUUGGAGAGAUCUUUGGCGUCAGGACGGAUACCAUCUUUGAUGAAAGACCCAACACAACCAGUCGGCUUUUUCCUUUCCGACUGCGGACAAGCAUUAUAUGAUUUCGUCCAGGGCCUCGGGUAUGAAGAUCUGCAGGCGCCCCAUAUCGUCCAUGCUCUUCGGGCUGUCGUGAAUUACUGUGCGGAUGUCUUCCGGGUUUCUACGUCUCACGCAGUGGAUGAGGGCGAGUUUCAGAUUUAUCUUCAAACGGGGCGGGAGUUGUGUACUUCUUUCGAUUCCUGGGACUCCCUGAAGCCAUUGGCUCUUUCCUUGUCUCAAGGGCUUAGUCGAUUCCAAGAAAACUGGGCUCUAAAGACGGGUCUCAGUAUGCAACGCCUUUGGGAGACCUGGAGACCAGCAACCCCUGCGACCCAUGACCAGUUAGCUUCUGUACUGGACCUGGAGAAGGUUGCAUCUGAGUUCACAGGAGUAGCCACCAAGACGCACCUUGAUUUGUCUCAACUGAGCAAGGUCCGUAAUUCUCUGAUUGAAGCUCAGCGGUCUAUCCUUAUGGAUGGUGCCGAUGAAGGCCAGCUUGUCCAGGCCCUCAGCCAAACGGUCUCGGAGCUGAAGAGUGUCGUGCAACGAUCAGUCUCAGCCGAAGAUCCGUAUUUUACAACUGAUUUUGAAGCUCUGUGUCAAUACCAUGACAUCUCUUCUCUCGUCGAAGCACAAAAUGGGGACGAGACCAUUCGGUCCAUUCUUCCGCUAUUGGCUAUGCGUCCUGCGCGGCCAUUAGAUUUGUCAAAGUUGAAGAGUCAAGUCCCUGGCAUGCUUCACAGACUUGCGUUGUUCGCAGGAUCAGCCAACUCAUCGAUGAUCGGUGCCGCAGUCACUGGUACUAUGUCUUUGUCGUUGCUUGGAAAGCUCAAGCUCGUAGAUAAUACGAGCCUGGGUCAGAUGGCUUCAUUGGAAAUCGAGAAACGGGUUCUCUCCAAGGCUGUUGCUUUGACUUCCCGCGAGAUCUCCAUGAACCAAAUGAAUGUUCUCCGACAAGUGCUGACGAGACUCGCUAAGGGGCUACUGUCGGCGCACGGCGAGUUUUUGGAGCCUCAGUCCUUGGUUCAGAUUUCGAAUGUUUUCCAAGCAGUCGAAGAAAACGGCUCAUACAACGGUCCUUCGUUUGAGAUUUGCUUGGAGAAGAGUCUGCCGGCUGAUCAUUACUUCAAGGAUUAUGCGCAAAGAGCACUUCCCAAUCUUAUUCAUUCCCUGACGACAGAUUCGCAAGAAGAUGGAGUUGAUGGAAAUAUUGGUGCUGCUGUAGUCCAACUGGCUGUCAUUCUCCUGCGGUUGUUCGUCCCCGACAAGCCUUUUGAUCCGUCUUUGAGCCUGGUCGUCCAAAGACAACGCCACUCCCAGCGUACGGUGGAACUGACUGAGAAGGCCGAUGCUAUUUCUUCAUUUGAGGUCGGGUUCUCGGGCCAAUCUUCCAACGCGCGCCACCGAAUUGUUCAAGAAGAGCUGCGCGACUUGGGAGCAGCUCCCCCGCCGUCUUCGAUUACUCGACCGCAGGCGUCUGAGAUCAAUUUGUUGCAAGGCGAAUUCUCUAACCUGCUCAAAUCUGUCCUUGAUCGAUGCUCUGACAGUCUCAUCAGCCCAGCUGACGGGGAUCUUUCCGAAGCCUACCGAAUGAUUAACCUGAUCCGUGACAAUGUCCGCCAAUUGACGCAACGUUUGACUACGCAUUACCGUUCUUACGAUGAUAUAACCGUGCCCGUCGUCCGUUUCCUUCAACUACUGGACCUGGGUCUUUCCCUCCACCUUGUGCAAGCUAUUAGUAGGAGCACGCCAUUCCUUGCGGAGACUAGUCCUAAGUGGGCGACAACUUUGUGGUUCCAUGAACUUUCGUCGUUGCACGUCGCCCAAAAUGCUGAUCCAGGUAUUCUUCACACUGCGGCUGGGCGGGAGGCACUUCGCCGGUUAUUCGGGCAAUUCCAUGUGCUGUGGAAAGCCAAGUUGCGCGAGGACCAGGAGACAGAGGAGCAGAAGUCGAACCUGUACCAUUAUAAGGGUUCUUGGGAAGACAACGAGGAAGUUGAUGAGAACGAGCUGAAGGAGCUCUUCCCUACAUAUGACGAAAACACGGCCGACGAAGAAGAAAAGCCGAGUCAUAUCAACACCAGGGAUAUCACUGUCCGAAUUGCCUCGUUACAUGCAAAGCUCUUCCAAUCACAGGACCAGGAAGCCGUGCUUUCGGCAUACGUCAAGCAUUCUCUCACUUCGCGGGUACAUCCCAAGGAGCAUGUUCCGGGUAUCUUGCUUCUGUUAGAGGGUGCUUUGGACAGAGGAUCGGAGAAGAAGGCGAACUACAACUUCUAUACCGACGCAAACCUUGUUGAGGCCAAGAGGCUGAUCCAACAGACUUGGCCGGAGCAUGCGGAAAUUCUCCAAUUCAAGCACGCUGAGCCGAUCGCGAAAUUCCUCACCAAGCUUGUUGCAAGCCGAGACUGGCGAAGAGUCGAGCUGUCAACAUGGGCGAGACUCCUGGAUCUGGAGAAAGAGAAGUGCGACCAAGAUCUUGCAGAAUCCGGCGAAGAACUGGGUGACCAUAUUCGAGAGGUCGUCUCUACCCUGGAGCAAUUCUUCAAAUCGACAAGCUUGGGCCAGUACAGCUCGCACUUCCCGUCGCUGGGACAGGUUUGCUCUGCAUUGGACAACUUCGUUGAGCAUUACCGACAAUUCGAGCCUCCGAUCCACAAGAUCUUGAACGAGAGGAGAACAGCCCUGGAGAAGGAUAUCAAGGAGCAAAUCCAGCUGGCUAGUUGGAAAGAUACGAACAUUGUUAUCCUCCGGGAGAGUGCUCAGAUCCUGGCGCAGCCCGCUCAGCAAACCCUGGAGCAAGAUAUGCCCGAGGGCAGUGAAGAGCCAACUCUCGCUCCUAGCGUGCUCGCCCUGCCAUCCACCAGUUUCCCAGAAGCACUUGCGAUGUGCCAAAGACAAGACGGGAUCUGGGCCAACCGAGCACCUCGAUUCCGAGACCCCGAUGGAACCGCCAGCAACAUGAAGCAGAUGUACGUCUCGAUUCCGACCGAGUUCGAUAUGUCGGAAGAUAUGGACGGCUUCGCCAAGUAUUUCAUCGAGUCAAUCCAGGAAUUCAAGACGCAGACCCCGAAGACCCUAACCGAAGACAACAAAGACGAUGUCCAGCACAUGAAGGUCCAGAAACGUCGUUUCUACGGGGACAUUCUGCGGCACACCUCCUUGAUGGAAACACAAGCAACCGUGGCGCAAAACUCCGACCUCUACUUCCACAGAAUUCUAGACAUUCUGCCUCGUGUCCGUCAGGCGGCGCAUGAUUACUGCGAGGAACUCAGCAAUGUGGAAAUCUCGAGAAGUGCCGGGAAGCAGAGGGCUACCAUCUCCCCGGCAUUCGCCAACUUAGGGUCUCUCCGCGCGCUUCUGUCCAAGAUCACUAAUCUGUGGUCCGCUGGACCGGCUUCAGUUUCCAGGACAAGUGAAGGCUUUUCUGAGAACACAGAAGAUGUGAGGGCAGCAGUUCUGUGGUUGACGCCUAUACUUGGCUUGGCGGCUACUACCGUGAAACUGCAUAGCAAUUUCUCCGGAAUCGAUGCGUCUGAGGUGUCAAGAGGCCUACAGGAGUGGAAAUCGAAGUUCAGCGGUCUAAGAUCAUCUCUUGAUGGUCUCCCAGAACUUCCCCAUGGAAUUGCUCCGCGUCUGCACAAGGAGGUCCUGGAGACUUCUCUAUCCUCCUUUACUGAGCUAAAGGCAUACGUCACGCAAACAGCCGAAUCGCGCCCCGACCUGUCUUUCGUUCUCGACCAGAUCGUUCCCUGGACGAAUGUCCAGGUUGCAGCAGCCGAGGGCGCAAAGGACCAUAGCCCUCUGGCAAUCGAAGAAUUCGAGUCCACUCUGCUCACGACAGUCGACAAGAUCCUCAUCAGUCUGCAGAAGCUAAAGGAAGUGCCGAACUCUCUAGCACCCACCGGCUCCCUGGCCCGCAGCGACGAGUUCUUCACCAGGGCCAUCAAGGCAGCGCAUCUGUCCGAGAUCAUUGCUUCGCUCGAAGCCGUUCUGGAUAAGUUGCAACUUACUUCGAAUUCCGAGGCUGGUAUCCCCUUGGCUAUUACCCUUGUUGCCAGUCUGCUACCCAUCAUGAGCAAGUACCACAGCAUCUGCAAGGAUAUCGUGGAUCGGUUCGUGACGGUCCACCGCGAGACCUGCAAGAUGUCGUACAUCCUUUCCAAGUCGUUCAUCCAGGUAGCGUCCGAGGGCUUCUGCACUCCGCAGGAGGAGUCCACGGAAGAGGGCAACGCAGGGAAGCUGGAAGGCGGCACUGGUCUUGGGGCAGGAGAGGGAGCAGAAGAUAUCAGCAAGGACGUCGGAGAUGACGAAGACUUGACGGAACUUGCCCAGGAGGAGAAUACCGAGCAGGAUGGUGAAAUGGACGACUCGAAGGACGCAGUCAACAUGGAUCAGGAAGACCUGCGUGGGGAAGACGGCGAACGCAAGGAAGAAGAAGAAGGGGAUGACAAGGACGAAGACGGCGAAGAGGAGGACAACGAUAUCGACGAGGAGACUGGUAGUAUGUGGGACGGUGGCAAGGGCGCGUCGGAGACAGACGAGCAAACGGCCGCGCAAAACGAGAAAGAAGCCAAGAAGGACGAGAACGGCGAGGAAGACGAGAACGAGGAGCAGGAAAGCGAAGUCGAGGAGGAUGAAGAAGCUCCGGAGGAAGAGGGCGAGGCGGAGGAAGAAGCACUGGACCUCCCAGAGGAGAUGCAGCUCGACGGGGACGAAAAGGGGGAUGACGGAGCUGGCGACAGCGACGAUGACUUCGACGAUGGCCUCGACGAUGACCUUCCCGAUACUGGCGCCCCGGAGAACGAGCAGGAAGUUGACAACCUGGAAGACCCCGAAGGCGAAGUCGCGGAAGCACCCGGCGAAGACGAGGAAAUGGGCGAGAACGAGAAUGAGGAGGACUUCCCCGACGAGGGUGAGGCGGAAGGAGGCGAAGAAGACACGAAGGAGCCCGGCGAAGAGGAGCCCGAAGAAGCCCAGCAAGACGACUUCCUCACACAGCAAGAGGACAACGAAAUGGCUGGAGAAGAAGUGGCGCCAAGCGAAGCCAACCAAGAAAAGGGCUCCUCGGGCAACGCGCAGCAGGAGCAGGGAUCGACCGAUCAGACCGCCGAGAAGGAAGAACAGACCGGUGCCUCUAAAGACGGAGAAGAGAACGAACGGCACCGAGACGCCGGUGGCGGCGAGGACUCCAAACCAGAGGAUCCCCAGCUGCAGGCGUUCAAGAAACUCGGCGACGUCCUCGAAGAAUGGCACCGCCGGCAGAAGGAGAUCAAGGAGGCCUCCCAGCAGGAAGACGGCGAGACGGAGCAGCCCCUCGGAGAAGACGCCGACAUGGCCGACGCCGACUUCGAGCACCUCGCGGACCAAGACGACGCUCAAGCCCUCGACCAAAACAAGGGCGUCGAGUCGGACAUCAAGCCCGGCGACAACGAGCCCAUGCCCGACGUCACAGAGGAAGGCCAAGACCUCCCAGCCAACAUGCUCGAAGACGACGACAUGCAACUCGGCCAAGACGGCCCCCCAACCGAAGGCCAAGGCGCCUUCAUCCCAGGCAACAUCGACACGCAAGAGCGCACAACCGAAGGGCCCAACCAGACCGACGCGAACGACGAAAUUGACGCAGUCGACGCCCACCUAGCAGCCAUCCACCUCUCCUCGACCCUCCCCCCGCUCACCCCGCGCGACGAAGCCCAACGCCUCUGGUCGCACUACGAGUCCGCAACCAACGCGCUCUCCCUCUCGCUCACCGAACAACUCCGCCUCAUCCUCGCCCCAACAAUGGCCACCAAGCUCCGCGGCGACUUCCGCACCGGCAAGCGCCUCAACAUCAAGCGCAUCAUCCCCUACAUCGCCUCGCAAUACAAACGCGACAAGAUCUGGAUGCGCCGUUCGAUCCCCUCCAAGCGCAACUACCAGAUCAUGCUCGCCGUCGACGACAGCAAGUCCAUGCUCGAAAGCGGCAGCGGCCAGCUCGCCUUCGAGACGCUCGCGCUCGUCGCCAAAUCCCUCAGCAUGCUCGAAGCAGGCGACCUUUGCGUGCUCGGCUUCGGCAGCGAAGACCACGUGCGCGUCGCGCACGAGUUCGGCCAGCCUUUCUCCGCAGACGCAGGCUCCCAGGUCUUCCAGCACUUCAGCUACCAGCAGACGGGCACGAACGUGCGCAAGCUCAUCGCGGACUCGAUCGCGCUGUUCCGCGAGGCCCGCUGGAAGCAGUCUCCUGGCGCGGGCAACGCCGACCUGUGGCAGCUGGAGCUGGUGAUCUCGGAUGGUAUCUGCGAGGACCACGAUACGAUUAGGCGGCUGGUGCGGCAGGCGCAGGAGGAGCGGAUUAUGAUCGUGUUUAUCAUUGUUGAUGCUGUGAAGGGCAGCUCGAUCUUGGAUCUGAGCCAGGCGAGCUUUGAGCCGGAUGAGGAGAGCGGCACUGGCGAGAUGAAGCUCAAGAUGAAGCGGUAUCUGGAGGGAUUCCCGUUCCCUUAUUAUCUUGUUGUGAGGGAUGUUCGUGAGCUGCCGGCUGUUUUGGCGACUGCGCUGAAGCAGUGGUUUGCGGAGGUUGUGGAUGUUUCUUCUUGAUUUAUUAUAAUUCUUUUGUUUUGGUGUUUGGAUGUAUAGAUUGGGGUUCUUUUUUUUGUUUUCACUUUGUCUACAUGUUCCUUUCUGACUGUGGUUGUAACUACUAAAAAG